AAAGCUUAAAAAGAUCCCAAAGCCCUUAGAAUCUAUCCUCCUUGUAUCCACAAAUCACAUCUUGCCAUCAUUUAUUAUCUCUCUCAAGAAAUAUCCAUCUCUCUGCCUUCCUUAACUUCUCUGUGUAUAUCAGAGAGAGGUUGAUCAGCCAGAAAACAUAAUUCAGUGGUGGUGCCAUACAUGGAGAUUGGAUCUUCUUCACCUCCACAAAAUCAGAAGCCUUUAACAAGGCUAAACAACUAUGUAGCCGGAACCCGAGUUGGUAAGAGAUUCAAACUUGCUGAGCGUAACUCAAGCUUCACAACCGAGUUACGUGCUGGCACCACCACCUUCCUUACCAUGGCAUACAUCUUGGCAGUCAACGCUUCCAUCCUCACCGACAGCGGCGGUACAUGCAGCGUUUCUGAUUGUAUCCCACUAUGUUCGGACCCUACAGUACCUGUUUCCAACUGCACCGGGUCAACUGGUCUUCGAGUAAUCCAACCCGAUGAGUCAUGCAAAUUCAACCCAGUUAACCCGGGAUACUCUUCUUGUUUAGAGAAAACACGUAAGGACCUGAUAGUAGCCACUGUCGCAUCUUCUCUUAUUGGCUGUUUAAUCAUGGGUACAUUUGCCAAUCUCCCGUUGGCUCUGGCUCCGGGUAUGGGCACUAAUGCUUAUUUUGCUUACACGGUUGUCGGGUUUCACGGGUCGGGUAAUGUCUCAUAUAAGAGUGCAUUAGCUGCCGUGUUUAUUGAAGGCGUAAUUUUUUUAGGCAUUUCAGCAAUUGGGUUACGUGCGAAAUUGGCUAAAUUAGUCCCUAAACCAGUUCGGAUCAGCUCCUCUGCUGGUAUCGGACUUUUUCUGGCCUUCAUCGGGUUGCAGAAUGGUCAAGGAAUCGGGCUCGUUGGGUACAGUUCAUCCACUCUUGUAACGCUUGCGGGGUGUCCAAGUUCAUCACGUGCGUCGUUAGCUCCUGUCAUGACGUUAGCUAACGGAACUGUGAGUUUGAUCCCGGGCGGUACCGUUUCCGGCGAUAUCUUUUGCCUCCGGGACAGGAUGGAGAGCCCUACUCUAUGGCUUGGCGUGGUGGGAUUUGUUAUAAUCGCUUAUUGCCUAGUGAAAAACGUUAAAGGGGCUAUGAUUUACGGGAUUGUUUUUGUAACGGCCAUUUCAUGGUUCCGUGACACCAAGGUAACGGUGUUUCCUAACACGGAAGCAGGUGAUGCCGCACAUGAAUAUUUCAAGAAAGUUGUUGAUGUACAUGCUAUUGAAAGCACAGCUGGGGCGUUGAGUUUUAAGAGCAUUGGCAAAGGUUAUUUUUGGGAGGCUCUGAUCACGUUCUUAUACGUGGAUAUAUUGGAUACCACUGGCACCUUGUACUCGAUGGCUCGGUUCGCUGGGUUUUCAGAUCAAAAUGGUGAUUUCGAGGGCCAGUACUCCGCCUUCAUGUCGGACGCCACGUCAAUUGUCGUCGGGUCAUUGCUGGGCACGUCACCGGUGACGGCAUUCAUCGAAUCGUCAACAGGAAUUAGGGAGGGUGGGCGGACGGGUCUGACCGCUCUCACCGUGGCAGGGUAUUUCUUCUUGGCCUUUUUCUUCACGCCGUUACUGGCAUCCAUACCAGCAUGGGCAGUGGGCCCACCGUUGAUAUUAGUGGGAGUUCUGAUGAUGAAAUCAGUGGUCGAGGUAGAGUGGAAUGAUAUGAGGCAAGCCAUCCCAGCUUUUAUGACGUUGAUUUUAAUGCCUUUGACCUACUCCAUUGCAUACGGUUUGAUAGGAGGGAUCGGGACUUACAUGGUUUUGCACUUGUGGGACUGGGGCGAUGAGUUCUUGGUAAAGCUUGGCGUUAUAAACAAGAGAAAUGGUGGUGGCGGUGGGGCCAAUGGGGUGCAUGACCACCAGGAUGGAAGCGUGAAAUCGCCUGGAAUUCAUGUCUAGAUAGAUGGAUAGAAGAUGGUGGAUAGAAUAGAAUAUGUUGGUUCAUUGCUUUUGGCCCCUUUCAGGAUCCCGACCUUUUCAAUUAUUGAUACAAUUAAAUUGUGGAAGCACAAGGGUUGACAAGGAAAGUCGUUGUAAAUAUUUAUUAUUAUUGUGUGAAACUCAUUACAAUACUUGUUUCCGU